AACCUCUCUUUCAUCACCAUUUGAUCAAUUGAUCAUAUGGAUUUUGGAGGAGCCUACCCUACAGCUGUCGGGGGCGAUGCUGGAACGGAGAUGGGCCCCCCAUCUGGGAGGGCAAAGGUGCCUAUUCCGAGAGCUAGAACGUUGAGCAGCAGAGCUGCGGAACGAAGAAAUAAGAAGAGGGCGUCUCAUGCUUGUGAGCCAUGUAGACAACGGAAGACUAAGCCAAAGGCCAGUAUGUAGCCACUGUGCUGACUACAAAAUAAAUUGCUAUUAUGGUGAGGGCAAAAGAGAGAUGGUGAGGAAGCGGUUACAAGAGCUCGAAGCUAGAACGGAGGCUUACGAGAAGCUACUGCGAGAGCUUCUGCCGGGACUAGAUAGUGCUAUGCAAGCAGCUGUACAAGAUGCCCUCAGAGUGCCUCGAACAUCUUCUAUAGCGGCCGGUAAAUCCCCUCGUGAGCAAAUCAUUCAAGAGAGUCUACCCCCGGACCUUCAGCUAGAUAGUGAAUCGGAGCCCUCGGACGAUUGGGAUUCAGAUGACAAUCCGGACGACCUGGCAGAGGAUAUCAAUACGCUUUCUAUCAACAAACCUAUCGGGUAUAUGGGCAGAAGCUCUGAAGUUUUAUGGAUAAAUCUUUUGAAGGAGGAGAUCAAAAAAUGUCCCGAUAGCGUCCAGGCCGAUGAACCAAAUCAGUUAGAAGGUGGGGUAUGGGAACAAGGAGAGGAAGUUGGAUGGACAUACCACCUUGAUGACAUCGAUAUCUCCUUCUCCGGCAAGCAAAUUGACGCCUACGCUCUCCCGCCCAAAGACUUGGCAAACUCUCUCGUUAACGUAUACUUUGAGACGGUUCAUCCGCUAUUCCCCAUCAUUUAUAAGGGGCUUUUCAAGAAUCAGUUUGAGUUGUUAUAUCAAACCCGAGAUCCUGGAAAGGUUGCGAGAAAAUGGCUCGCAAUCAUGAACCUAGUGUUUGCGAUUGGUGCGAGACAUUUAUCUAUGAUCGGCGAGAAUAAAGCAGACAUCUGGCACCAUGUAACUUUUUUUCUCCGUGCAAGACUCUUAGGGGCAUUGGAUGGAGGACUGGUAUUUGAGAUUGCUACGCUGCAGAAUGUUCAAGCGAUGGGAUUAACAGGAAUGUAUUUACUGGCAAGUAAACAAACAAAUCGUUCCUGGAAUGUUGCAGGGCUUGCAAUUCGCCUUUCGUAUGGCAUGGGCCUCCAUCUCCGAAACGUCGCUUCGACCCUAAACGCUGGCCAAAAGGAAAUGCGCGUUAGGGUCUGGUAUUCUGUUUGCUACUUGGAGAGGACCCUCGGACUGAUUACAGGACGACCAUCUGCACUACAGGCCCAUCAAAGCAGUGCACCAUUGCCCAGAUCAAAAGACCUCGACCUCGAAUCUGAUCCUGCUCAAGACGCAUAUUUCGCUGCGCAUAUUAAGUUAUCGUCAAUCGCGUCUGAAGUUCUAAGCCAAUUGUACUCCACGCGAAGUAGAUUUGUGAUGCAAAAGAGCUGGGGGCAUGUUCAGGAGACCAUGGAAAGCAAGCUAAUCCCGAGUUUGUCAUUCAAUGGCACUCGCGAUAGCAACGAUGAUAAAACCUUUAUGAACCAGAGGCUCGACCUUGCUCUCCGUUACCACAAUAUUAGGAUCCUGAUCUUCCGUCCAUGCAUCUGCCAAUUAGAACUUGGUGUUGCCAAAGAAGUAGGAUUCAGUGAAGAACUAAACCGCUCGGGCGCCCAGACAUGCGUCAACUCUGCCCGGAAUAUUAUCUCCCUUGUUGCUGAUACAAGUGAAGAUAAGCGAGAGCAGUUGAUGAAGAUACCGUGGUGGUGCGUGUUGCACUAUCUCGUCGCUGCCGAAGCAAUUCUACUUCUUGAAACAAUUCGCCAAAGGGCUUCGAACGUUGAUAUCGGUAUUAUCAACGAUAUGCGUCAAGUUGUCAAGUGGCUGCAUGGGAUAUCGGGAAACGACAUGGCGAACGCAGGUGAUAUUAGGGUCCAGGGAGAUGAGAGGGAGGGGUCAAGACAGGAGGGCGAGAGGAGGUGGCUGAGGGACGACUUUGCUCUUCAUAUGGCAGAGCAAGGGCAUAUGAGGGCUGAGGAUGAUGUAUGGGAUUUCGAAAGGGGCUUUGAUAUGCAGUACUUUUAGUGUCUAGGUUUAAGUAGUGAAUUCUGAGAACUUUUCCCCCUAAUUGCGCCUCAUCAGACCAUCGGGUGUGGUAGGUGGCCUUGGGCGGAUCACCUCCCGGGCGACAGGUUGUGAAAGGUCAGACUACUAGGGAAUUCUGUUUCCCGUUCAUUGAAUCGCGGAAUAUAUAUAGGCUUCUAAGGA